AUGGCUGGCUUCCCCAGCUGUGACCCAUUCCGAAGCUCAGGUCGUGUCGCACACUCAAGGAUAAAGCCAGGCGUUUCCUAUCUGGAUGUGGCAGUCAAGGCGGCCGGACAAGCUUUGCAGCCAUGCCAUCCAGAACAAAUGGCAGGGGUGGCGGCAAGCAAGCCUGUGCAAGACACUGUGUGGCCUGCUUGUGCCCAAGGCUCUGGUCGAUUAGGAUCUUCGUCAGAGAAGCGACCGGGUGCUUGCCAGCGAUCGAUGGCUUGGAAGGCUGGGCCCACGCCUGGAACUGAAUGCCCUGCACUGCAGCACAAGGGGUCUGUUCGAGCAGAAUUUGGGAGGCGGUGCCCCAGCCCUGACCCCACCCCAGCCCCAGCUACUGCGGCAUUGAAAUAUCCAGAUGCAAGCCCACCAGAGGCGCCUGGGCACUCGAGAGGGUUGUUGAAAGUAACCUACCUUGAAAUGGCUCGCAAGGGCACUCGUCCCGUGGCACGUGAACUCUCCACAGCUGGGCCAGGAGACGUUGCGAUACCCUUGGUGGGACUUCCUCCUUGCGGCCUUCAGAGUCUGAAAAAUCAACAGAAGGCUGACGAGGCAGUGCCAUCAACAGAAACUCAUGGCCGUGACCAGAGUGAGCCUGGGGCCAGCAAGACCAUGCCGGAAACUGGGACAGCUGAAGGGGAAACCAGCGAGGUGCAUGCUUGCGAUGUCUCAACACAAACCACAGACGAGGGGACAUCUGCAGCUGCAUCUGAACCCCCUUGCACCAGCGGCCAGGAGGUGUCAAUUUCAGACCAGAGCGUCAGUGGGCGGUUGAGUAUCUGUGCUGAAUGCCCUUCUCCACCACCAGGCACCACAGCUACGAUGGGAGAGGUGGAUGGUGAAACCACCAGUGCCCACAGCACUUUCUUGCCGUUUCACUCGUUGCGCCCAGCCCAACAUGGCGAGAGUGGGACUUUCCUGCCAUUCCACUCGUUGCGCCUAGGCCCAGGCAGCACGAGCGUGCAGGGAGGGGAGCCAACUGCUGCAGGGUCUGCCUCGUCUUCACAGGCAAUGCCUUCUCAAGGCACCUUGAUAUCUGGGCAGCAGUCUCCAGCAUUCAUCCAUCCACAGCCUGUGGAGGCGGCACCCUUAAACUCUCAGGCAAGGCCAUUCUUGCCAUUCCCAACAGAGCGCACAGCAAACAACAUUGCCCCAGAGCCUGUUGACGACUACGUGCUGCACAGGUCCCUGUCCAGUGCAGGCGCAACCCCCGUGACCCCGCCCCCGCCUCCUCCGCCACGGGCCCCACCCCCACCCCCUCCCUACCGCCACACCCCCCGCUACUACCCGCCCAACAUAAGGACCUACCCGGAGGCGCCCCCCCGCUUCGACUGGUGUCCAGACUUCCCCAGCUGGGGGCAACCCCGAUCCUCCGCAAUGGAUUCCAUGCUGAGCCAAACCGCCGCCAUGCCCUACUACCCUGGGAAUCCCUACUGGCCCCCGUACCCCACCACGGGGUACGGGGGCCCAUUCGACUGCUACGUCAUGCGCAGCCCCUUCUACUCUCAGGGCUACCAGCCUGGACUGCUGGACUUGUCCCCGCCAGGCAACAGGGGCGUGCUGGCCUACGGCGUAUCCACAGGGGACCACCUGCCAAGCGCCCCGCCGCCCAGGAUCCCCCCUCCUGCCCAUGAGGCCAUCUGGGGGCGCGAUCGACGCCGCGCGAGGGACGCUCGGGGCGCAAGGCCGGCGGCCAGGCAGGCCAGGGGGCUGGAGAGGCCCCGCCCCAGGCGUGGCCUGACGCACAGGUCGGCGGAGGUCAACGUGCGGCUCGGCCGGCCGGAGCGGGAGCGGCGCAGGAGCGCCUGGAGCGAGUCGCUGCUGGACAGCGUGCCGCCGUACACCUACCACGCGCCGCGGGGCGCCGCCAGCGAGGACCCCGGGGACCAGAAGGGGGAUGCGGACGACAGGCCGGCGGUGCUGUGCGCGAUCUGCUACGACGGGAUCGUGGAGGGCGACCGGGUGCGGGCGCUACCCUGCUGCCACAAAUACCACGACCAGUGCAUCGUGCCCUGGCUGGAGAAGAAGGGGCGGAGGUCGACUUGCCCGGAGUGCAUCGCGCGGGUUUUCCAGCCGGCGCUGCCAUCCUUCUCCAGCGGGGACUCCAUGUCGGUCAUGUCGUCGCUGUCGAGCUGA